AGCGGAUCCAGAGGAAGUGUCUCAAACUAGUACAUCAUCCGGAGUUCCCGAGACUGACCGGGCGGUGUGAAACGUUAUAGGAAUCGCGUAAACUGAAGAGUACGUGAAGAUGAACCCGUGGCUGCUCUUGGUGUGCAUCACCCUCUGCGUUAUUCAGUCCUCCAGCAAACCCAUGGAGAAGAAGGACCGCGUCCAUCAUGAAGACCCCCUCAGCAACAAAGAGCAUGAUGAUGAGGAGAACUUUGACUACGACCACGAGGCUUUUCUCGGACAAGAAGAGGCGAAGACCUUUGACCAGCUCACUCCAGAGGAAAGCAAAGAGAGACUAGGUAUGAUGGUAGAAAAGAUUGACGAGGAUCACGAUGGCUUUGUCACCAUUGAUGAGAUGAAACAGUGGAUUAAACAUGCUCAGAAACGCUGGAUCUAUGACGACGUGGACCGUCAGUGGCAAGCUCAUGAUCUCAACUUGGACUCUUACAUUUCCUGGGAGGAAUACAAGAACGCUACCUACGGUUACAUCCUUGAUGAAGCCGAUCCCGAGGACGGUUUUAACUACAGGCAGAUGAUGGCCCGAGAUGAACGCCGUUUCAAGAUGGCGGACCACGACGGUGACAUGAGGGCCAAUAAGGAAGAGUUUACAGCAUUUCUGCAUCCAGAGGAGUUUGACUACAUGAAGGAUAUUGUAGUGCUGGAGACCAUGGAAGACAUUGAUAAGAAUGGAGAUGGCUUUAUUGACUUGGAUGAAUAUAUUGGUGAUAUGUACAGUAAGAAUGGAGACUCAACUGAACCGGAGUGGGUGAAGACAGAAAGAGAACAGUUUACAGAGUUCAGGGAUAAAAACAAAGACGGUCGUAUGGAUAAAGAUGAGACCCGCAACUGGAUCCUGCCAUCCGACUAUGACCACGCAGAAUCAGAGGCCAACCACCUGCUCCAUGAAUCUGAUGCCGACAAGGACGGACGCCUCACAAAGCAGGAAAUUGUGAAUAAAUAUGACUUAUUCGUCGGGAGCCAAGCGACAGAUUUUGGAGAAGCUCUAGCCCGACAUGACGAGUUUUAAUUCUGGAAACGUUGUACUUGAAGAAUGCAAAAUGGACAAUAAUUUAUUUUAUGAUUUCAAGCACACUUCAAUAACAAAUCAUUUCUGUGUUUACAAACAUUUCUGUUUUUCUACAGCGACUCGUUCAAAUCCAGUUUCGUCUUUCGUUGGUUAUUAUCGCUCACAGCCGACGGCUUGCAAUGUGUAAUGCACUGAAAAUAUGAAAAGUUAUUCAGGUCGCCUUGUGAAGCUCAUUUAAGUAGCAUACAGAGAUUUGUCUAAUGACACAUGCUAGGUUUAUAAUGCACUAAAAUGUGUCCAUACAGUAUAAUGAAACAUAAUAGCAUGUGUGCAACCUGACACGGCAAUUACUCGUGAUUUCUACACUAAAGUUACCAGUGGAUAUAUUGCACAUAAUAGGAACACUUUGUAUAAAGAAACAAUACCUUUAUGUAAACUACUUUUCUAAGUGAUAUCAGGUGUUUUACAACCACUACAUGUACAUUUGUGUAUACCUGCAUUUAUCCAGAGAAUGCAUGAUAUUAGAAAUGACAUUAAGUAACAUUAUAGUAAGAAUGAACCAUAAUAGGCCUAAUUAAGGAUUUGGUUCUCGAGUUGCAGAAUGCCAUAGUCAUUAUAAUGAAGGUUUACCAGAUGAAGCUAGAAAUUGUGCUGAUCAAUUAAAUACUUGGGAAGUUUUGUUUUUCUUCAAUGACAUCAUAAUGACUUCAUUUACAUAGAAUCCCAACAAACAGCAGUCUUUAUAAAUAUGGCCCCUACUCGAAGGACCUUUAUUUAAAUUCCAAAUAAUGCGACUUUUAGACUUUAAGUGUUAGUACUGUCAUUUAUGGACUGAACCACAAACUAAAGCCUUCCUUUCCUCAAGUGCCUUUUUCCCUCUCGUGCCCUUUACUGUUAAACCUUUUUAUCUCUGCUGUUCGUACGUGACUGAACAUGAACUCCUUUCUUAACUUUUGUGUAUAUAUGUCUAUAAUUGAAUGUGAACUGUUUUCAAUAUGCUGUGGUCAGGUAUUGUAAAUGCUGUCUUGUAGCUGAGAGUUUUUACUCAAUAAAAUUUAAUUA